AUGGCCACUGGUAAAGUCCACGUUCAAUCCUGCGGUCUCUUCUGGCUCCUGAGCAACGUCUACUUGGUACACGCCGCACUUGUCGAUACCAAGUACCCCACCACCACCGAUGCUGUCUUCAACCUCAUUAUCCGUCGCCCGCGCUUCGCUGGCGGGAAUUUGUCAAUUCCAAUUGAUUCCAAUGUGAGGCUUGUCAAGUGUUCUCGCAAGGAAGCUCCUUACAACACCAUUCGUCUCCGCUACGGCAAAACGCGCAAGUGUGUCGUCAUCCGCGCGUCUGACUCUCUGGAGCGCGAGAAGUGGCUUGUCGGGAUCAUUCAAGCCAUGGCAGCAGCCCAGAACCUCGGACUUUCCUCAACGAUUCUAGAUUCUUCGACCGAGACAGCGUUUGAGACUGCAUCAUGGCAUCAAUCCUCACCGAUGAAGGAGCCAUCCGCGCGAGUUCAACUAGAAGCGAGUCUUACCAUGUCGAGCGUCGAUACCAUCAGCUCAUCGGCCGAUCGGCUAGACAACUUCAUCCCUCUGCUUCAGCGUGUGUCGAACACCUCUAGUGUUGUCGCUGAUAUUGACGUGAUCCAACACCGUUCAAGCGUCGAUCAAGCUCGAUCCAGCAGCAUAAUCUACGCCCAACGGCGACGCGUACGAGAACAUGUAAGCGCUGCUGUGUAGUUCCUCAUCAGCUUCGGUCAGUGGUGUUCUACAAGCUAGCUCCGUCAGAGACAGCCUAUUAACCGUCGACAAUUUCGGCGUGAGUCAUGUCGCGUGACCAACUAAUGCGUAGAUUCGAGAUAGGUUAAUUAUCUCAGUUCGACAUACCUUCGUUCCA